AUGGCAGAUGAAACAAAACUUCAUAGCCCAAUUCAUUCAACUUUUGAAGUGUCAGUUGUGCAACGUGUGGUCAGGCAUUCUUGGAUGGAAGAAUUGAGUCCUUUCUGUUGCCCAGUGCCAGCUGCAGCUUGGCGGCAUCAGAAGCAAGGACCCCAGCAGUGGCAGUGGCAGAGGGCAGAGGGCCUUUCACUUGUCUCUGGCAGUUCCACCUCAGAGAAACACAGAGCCACUGACAAUUGGAAUGAUCAGCUAGAGGUGUAUCAGGUCUGUUAUACUGAGCCCAGGGCCUGGUGGCUAGACUGGUUCUCUCCUUUCCAAUCGGAGGCCGAUGCUGCAAACCUGCUCUGCCAGAUCAUCGUUCAGGCCAAGAAGCAUCUGAGCUUGAUCCCUCUUUUUCUAUUUAUUCGAGCUGGAGGUAUUGGUGCAGCCCUGUAUCUCUUACAUCUGGCAUUGUUCAAUCCAGAUGUUUGUUGGGACAGAAAAAAUAACCCAGAGCCCUGGAACAAACUGUGCCCCAAUGAUAAAUACAAGUUCUACUCAGUGAAUGUAGAUUACAACAAACUGAAGAAAGAACGUCUGGAUUUCUAAAUGAAAUAUUUCACUAUAAAGCUGCUUUAAAAUGAAGGUCUUCCAGAAGUCAUCCACACAAUUUUCCACUUAACUAGGAAAUAUUUCUCCUCUAAAUGCAUGAAAUCAUGUUGAAGUAAUCUAUUUGAGAUUACACUGAUUACUAAAUAACUGAAACUUGAAAAAAA